GGUCUUCGAGUUUCGCAACUCCUGGGGACCCAACUCCUAAGGAAUUAAGACGUGAUAACUGUAUGUAACUCUCUCUCUCUCUCAUCAUCUGAGCGUUUUCCCAGCUGAGCAUCCCAGCCCAAAACCCGCUUACCUACCUACUUUUUUUCGUCUCCACUUCGCACAGUCAUCGGCAUCCCCAAUUGUCAGACCAUUUACCAGAUAACUACAUGUAACUCUGUAUCUGCAAAUAGCCGAUAUCCUUUAGCACAUCACACCAACCCAUCGCCAGUUUAUUCUUAGACUUCGGUGACGACGCACGAUGACUGACCCCUUACACUUCUGGCCUGUUAAUAAAUGGAAGGAGUCACAGGACGCCUUCAAAUCUGAUUGGCCGAGGAGUAUACCAGGGUAUACUGUUCUGGAGCAUCAGAGGGAAUGGUUGGAGCAGGGCCUAGAAUAUGGUUUUAAAGUUUAUGUACCGUACGGCGACGUCUGGAAUGGAAUUAUUGGGGUUAAUGAAAAGAGUACAUCCUAUGAGAUUGUGAUACAAUGUCCGCGGAACGACACAACCAAACUAGCGGACGCGCUGAAAACAACAAAACUGAUCGACUGGAACAAGCCUAUAGUACUCCCAUUCGUCCCAACACACAUUGCUCAGUGUGUCCAAACCCUGUUUGAUGAUCUCAAUAUGGAAUUAGAAACCCACAUACCGUCCCAGAGCUUUUAUAUGGAAAAAGAUAGGCCAUUGUUUGAAGAUGUUAGCUUACCACCGGGAGUAACCCUGGAUAUUUUAACACGAGAUCACCUCGACAUAGUAGACCAGCAUUGGCCACACCGCUACCCAGGUUCCGAUUGGUAUUUCGAUCUCCUCAUUAAAUCUAAAUCUGGAUAUGGACUAUUCUUGAACGGAGAGUUAAUUUCCUGGAUGUUCAACAACGAAUUUGGCAUUUUGACACACGUAUUCACUUUAGAAGAACAUAGAAAAAAAGGGUAUAGCGAAAUACUCUUAAAACUUGUCUGUAACAAACUUUUGAAAGAACAUAAAAAUAUAUAUGCUUUUUGUGUUGCCGACAAUAAAUGUGCUAGUAACUUGUACAAUAAAGUCGGAUUUUCAAAUUAUAACCAGUUCGGGUUUGGAUGGUAUUGGUUGAGGAGGAAAAUCGAAUAAACUUUUGUCAUUAAUCAUUUGUUAUUUCAAUUGCACAUUAUUUUUCAUCAGUUCUGCUCAAAAUUUUACUUCGAUGACUAGUGAGUUUGAAAACCCUAAGACACAUACGUGCAUUGAUCACAAUUAGAUCCUUUUCAGUCGAAGUUAUAUUUGUGUAUGUACAUUAUAAUACAAAUGUAGUGACCAACAUUUGUAUUUAAUGUACAUACUGUAGGCACCUUCCACUGGUCUAUACCUAAGUUUAUGUAAUUUAAAUGGAAAAAAACCAAAACUAAAGUAUGUUGGUAAUUAUAUUAGCGAAUAUUAAGUACAUGUAUUCAUUUAUCACCAGUCAGAUAAA